AUGGAUUCCUAUACCGACUUCCUGCGGCCCUACCAGCAGUCGAAAGGCAGAUGUCAUGGAAGAACGAAGUAUACUGGUACGACUGGGGGGAAGCAACAGAAGAAGGGCAAUCGGAAGAAAGAAGACGCCAGAGAUGGCAAGGCCAAAGGGAAGAAUGUCUUCCUGGUCGGCUACGACGGAAAGAUGGUGGAGGUCGACGACCAGCCUGGAUCUUCCUGGCAAUCCUCGCAAUCUACCUCGCAAGAGGCACAAAUGCAGACAGAGAAUCGAAGGCUGAAAGAGGCUAUGCGAUUCAUGCUGGACAAAGUGGCCCCUACGGAUGCAGAGAAAGCCGAGAUUCCAGAGGAGGUCAAAGAGCUUGUGAAGAUCGACCCAAGAGAGAGCAUCCGACUCCGACAGAAGGAGUUGAACGAGGAACGCAAGAAGAUAAACAAGCUCGACAAAGCCAAGGACACGAUGGACAAAAAGUCCAAGAAUUUUCAAUCUUGGAAAGAAACCGUCGAGUCAGGCAUUCGCAAGGAGGAGAAACGACACUCAAGCGAGCUGGCCGAGAUCAGUGCAGAGAUCAAGUCUCUGGAAAGACAGAGAGAUGGGGUAGAUCCCAUUCAAGUCGAUUCAGAGGGCGAAGAAGAGGGCGACGAAUCGCAACUGCAGGUGAAGAAUCAACGGUUGCAGAAAGAACUGGCCGAGUUGAGGUCAGAUAUGCAAAAUGUUAUGGCUUACACCAUGCAGCAAGACCAGAAGAAUGCCCAGAUGAUGGAACAGCUACAGUCGCAGCUGAUGAGCUUGGUAAGUGUGGUACAAGGCUCGGUUUUGACAACGCCUCCUCCGGCCAAUUCGCCAAACCAAGAAGUGAAAGGCCGAAAGAAGACCCUGGGGACGAUACUCCAGGAAGAGCAGGCCGAAGGGAGAGCUUUGACCAAGGUCAAGCAAGAGGAAAGCCGCGAGCGAUCGCGAACACCAGAUAUAGACCGCAGAGCGGCCAAGCAACCAAAGAUUGCACAAGAGUUCGAGUCACAACAGCUCAAGACCGAGCUGGCUCGAUAUCCGGAAGAAUGUCAGAUGGCUGUCCUUCAGACUAUUCACCAAGAUCCAGAAGCUUAUGUGACAUGGGAGGCGGUAUCAAAUUUGAUCGUUGCCACCCAUACUCAGAUGCUCAAUGCUUGUGUAGAAGCGGAAUUGAACAAGGACAUGGUAGACAUGGAGGGGCAGCAGCGACUGACAGAGCACUUGCCGAUUCAAGCGCAUCCAGUGCUUCGACCAUUUGGCAAGUCCCAGAUGAAGACCAAGAAGGUGGGCGAUGGACCUUAUACCCCACCAGGAUUGCGCCACCAGUCGAUAGUGGCCACCCCAGAUGGUGGAAAAAUGUCGACUAUGGAGAGAAUGUCAUGA